UUCCGACGCUACUCCCGCGACUUCUUCCCCAAUGCUGACGCGAUGGUGCGGUACCUGGAGGACUUCGCUUCCCUGCUGAAGCUGCGGGUGCGGUACAACACGGCCAUCGUCCACGUGACGCUGGAGAGGGAUGGGCAGGCCUGGAAUGGCCACUACUUCAUCCUGACUGACCAGGACAGGCAGAACUACAAGUGCAGCUCUCUGUUGGUCGCCACUGGCACGUGGGUCCCCAAUGUGGUAAACUUCCCUGGCUCAGAAUACGUUGAGGGUUACGAGACUGUGUCCAUCAACCCGGACGAUUUUGCUGGCCAAACCGUGCUGAUCUUGGGCCGAGGGAACUCGGCCUUUGAGACGGCGGAGAACAUUCUAGGCGUCACGAAUUUCAUCCACAUGGUGAGCCGGUCCCGCGUGCGCCUCUCGUGGGCCACCCACUAUGUCGGGGAUCUGAGAGCAACUAACAACGGCCUGCUGGACACCUACCAGCUGAAAUCUCUGGAUGGGCUUCUAGAGGGCAACCUGGAAGAUCUGGCUAUCGUCAAGGACAAGAAGGGGAAGCUGCACAUCACGCUCCGGUUCUACCUGGAGAACAGGAACACCAGCGCAGGCAUCGACUCCAUCACCCUCCCGCAAGACGAACUGGAUAAUUUUGCCACCCGCGCACCUUACGACCGUGUCAUCCGCUGCCUGGGCUGGAAGUUUGACUUCUCUAUCUACAACAGAUCCCUUAGACUGAUGCCAGGAAAAGGGAAUAAAAAGAAGUAUCCUCAGAUCAAACCUAGUUACGAGUCCAGAGACACUCGGGGGCUUUUUGUUCUCGGCACUGCUAGCCACUCUGUUGACUUCAGGAAAUCCGCUGGGGGCUUUAUCCAUGGAUUCCGGUAUACAACUCGUGCAGUCCACCGCCUGUUGGAAAACCGUCACCAUGGUGUCCCCUGGCCAUCCACAGCCUACCCUAUUACACAGCUGACUAAUUCCAUCAUCAAGCGGGUGAACGAGGCCUCGGGCCUCUACCAGAUGUUCAGUGUCCUGGCUGACAUCAUACUGCUGAGAGAGUGAGUGACCCCAGCGUAGUACCUGGAAGAGUACCCGGUUGGAGUCCUGGCCGAGCUGGAAACGCAGACGGGGAGAAAGGCUCCCACAGGGCUGUUUGUCAUCAUCAUGGAGUACGGGAGGAAUUUCUCUGGGGCUGACAAGGAUGUCUUCUACUACAACCGAGCCGUGGGAGAGGCACAGCAUGCCUGGCAGUCCAACUUUUUGCACCCUGUUAUUUACUACUACAAACGCCUCCCCACAGAGCGUGAGAUGAGACUUCGGCCCCCAGACUGGCCUCUCCCCCGGCCAGACGCCGUCCACCACAUUGUGGAGGACUUUCUGACGGACUGGACGGCCCCAAACGCUCACAUCCUGCCGCUGAGGCGGUUUUUGGAGAACUGCCUCGGCACCGACCUGCGCAGCUUCUUUGCAGAGUCCUGCUUCCUGUUCGCCUUCACCCGCCAGAAGCUGCCUCCCUUCUGUCAGCACGGCUACGCCAGGGCGCAAGGCCUCGUGCGCUGCUCCCUGGGCCUGAGGCUUCAUCUGAGCGCCGACUCCCGAAGCGCUGCUCCAGGCACAAUUUCUGGCAUUUUUCCUGCCUUUGAGCUGGGCAGUGGCUGGCUGGAGGGAGGAGGGGUGACGUUUUUUUCUCGGUUGCUGUACGGCUCGGAUAGUUUGUGA